CAGAGUUUAACUUUUGUAUAUGUAUAAAAAAAACUAAAAAAGCAAUAAAACAUUAAAGUAAUAUGAGCGAUAGGAAACAAAAUUUAAAAGAUAGCAAAGGUGCAUUCCAUGGUAAUUAUAGCGAUAACGAGGACGAUGAUUCGGAUGAGGAUGAAGAUGAGGAUGAGGAAGCCAUGCAGGCAGCCCUAAGAGAAAUGGUUCUGGUGCCCGAUAUUGAGCCGAGGCAGAAACAUUUACCACGCAGACCUGAAGAACCUCAUAACAUUGGCAAUAUAAUAGACAAGCUAAAGAAGACUGCUUCACCGGAAACACAGAAGAAAUGGCUGAAGUCAGUGGCAGAUGUGGGCAUUCAAUCUGAUAGACCCUCCGCGGAAAAGCAAGAAAAGACUGUGGCUAAGAGCAAAAGAAGCGCUCCAGAGCAGAAGCCCAGGAAAUCAGAAACUUGGAGUGAGAGAAUGAAGAAGGGAACUGAGAAACCCGUGCCGUCGGGCAACUGGACUAAUGUCGUAUUUAAAAAAGGCACCGAGGUUUCGCGAAAACAAAAUGAGGAUUGCAAACAACCAAAGUUGCCAGUCUAUUUGCAGUUUGAAAGUAAGCCCAAGUUGGAGCCCAGAACACCAGAGAAAGGGUCGAAGUUGGAGCGCAUUGAAGCUGCCUCCAAGCCCAAGUCAUAUUUCCAAAUCAGAGAACAAGCCGAAGCGGAAAUCGCAGCCAUUCCAAAUCGAAUCAAGGAAGCACUGCCAAUUAUCGACAGCACAGACAACAAACUGUGCCAAAGCGAAUCUACGACAGGUUCCAUAAAUAUACUGACGGGCACAUUUCGACGCAGUCUUAACCUAGAGCCCAGUGAUAAAGAACCUCCAGGAACAAAAGCAUUGCCGGAGAGCAAGAAGACAACGUUCUUUAGUAACCACCCAAUAUUCGGUCGAACUAAGCCAGAUACUGCAGCUGGUGAGAAGUCGACUGCAGAAGCAGCUAGUCAAGACAAGCGCCCAUUACAGAAGUCAGCCACUAACUUCUUUGCUAAUCUAACAUCGUUUAAAAAAACUCGACCAGCGUUCACUGAGGAUCCCACUGACUCUAUCAAUAUCACUUCUCCUCAACAGAUAGCAGCUGACUCUGCUGAUGAAUUUCACGAUGUGGAGUCUACUCCAGUGCCGAGCACUGUCCUAAUAGAUGCACAGUCUACUUCAAUGCCGAUCAAUAACUCAAUGGAACAGACGCCGAAACAGUUUGAUAUGCAAGACGCAGAAAACGAUACCCAAGAACUGGGGCAGACCGAGGCAGACUGCUGUGGCGUCACUUAUAACUUGAUUGAAAAGAUAGCCACAUUGCCUGAUUUCUUAAGGCCGUCUGAAGGAGAUGCUGAAGGACUGUCCAGUAGCGAAACCAACCCAGAACACCCUUCAUUUCAAGAAGAAAAAUCUGAAUCUACUAUGAAAGCUGAUCAAGGAAAACCAACAAAAUUUGCAGAUAAAGCUGUAAGCAAUUCAACAGUUCUUAUUUGGCCUGAAAGUAUGGAGUCAAACCAAAAUAUCAAUCCAAUUAGAUAUAGUGACCCCGAUGUCCCAACACAAGCAGCCAGAUCAAGCUCCAGUGACCAAAUGAUCGAAGCCAUUGAGCAGCUUCCAACGGCUAUGGCUAAGAAGGUCGAUACAGCUAGAGCAACAAAAUCUCUAAAUGCGCUCAGCUCCGCUACUAAACAAUUGGAGGAGCCGAUUGUUCAUUUUAUAGCUAAUUUUUCGAUAUAUGGUCGAAACAGACCAACACCGAUUAAGUACAGUCAAGUAGAACGAGAAACAGUACAGCAUGACCCACUGGUAGGUCAAGUGCUUGUGGAGAGAGCUGACAGCAGUUCUAUGAAUGCCUUGCCGGAUGAUCCACUGGAGGAGACUCCUGUAACUUCGUCAAAUCCUAGUGAGCUUCACAUUGAUGAAUCGAGUGCUGAGAUAACUGAUAAUGCUUUAAUCAGGUCAGAUGUUAUGGUCUCUUCUGCCAAAAAUGAGUCAGGCUCCGGCAUACGCCAACUUGUACCAGCCAUACCCUAUAAUAAAGCCGCUCAUUCCGGCAGUUCCGGCUUUAUAUCACAGCCAAGAACUUUGUGUGUCGACCAACCGGUUGCAGACAAAAUAGCUGUCGAACGGGCUAAUCCAACUACUAGCAAUUCCUUGGCUGCCAACUUAAUUCGCUACUUUUUUCCAAUGGAAUCCAAGAGCGAAGGCUCGCUGGAGCUGAAAAACGUAGAGCCUGCCCCAAUGCAACCGUGUCCCAAUGAAGUGAUUAUAGUACCGCCGCAGCUGCUGAAAGAUAAGGAUCACAAAUCGAGGAACUCGAAGAAGGGUAAAGAUAAGGAUAAUGAUAAGAAUACGGUUAAUGGUGCGGAGUCGACGGCACAGCCCGCUCAACUGGAGCAUUCCGAGUCGAUGCGCACUUUGACCAUAGUCGGACGACACUCGCAUAUAACAACGACCUAUCGGGACCACUGCCAUUACGAAAGACACGACCAGGGCGUCGAUAAGAUAGCCAGACGCAAACUGAUUAUAGCCAGCGCUCUAUGUGUCUCCUUUAUGAUCUGUGAGAUCAUUGGCGGCAUACUCUCGCGCAGCCUGGCCAUAGCCACCGACGCAGCACACCUCCUAACGGAUCUAGCGGGCUUUCUUAUAUCCCUAUUUGCAUUGUAUCUGAGCGCUCGUCCCUCCUCACAGCGCAUGAACUUUGGCUGGUAUCGUGCGGAGGUGAUUGGCGCCAUGCUGUCAGUCUACUUCAUCUGGGUCAUUACGGGCAUACUUGUCUAUAUGGCUGUAGAUCGCUUGAUCACGGGCAAACACGAUGUGGACGCGAAGAUCAUGCUAAUUACCUCCGCAUUGGCUAUACUUGUCAAUGUCAUUAUGGCCCUGCAGUUGGGCCAUGGUCAUUCGCACGGACUUGGGAAAUCGCAUGGGCAUUCACACAGGCAGCCGCGCGUGAGUGCUAACCAGUCCAAGAUAGCCAACAAUGCGACCUCCAUGACGAACAUUGUUAGUCCCGCUUUCAAGGAGCAGCAGCAGUUGAUGCCAGUUUCCGUGUCUGCCCAAUAUGUUGGAAACAAUGAGAAUAUCAAUGUGAGAGCCGCCUAUAUUCAUGUCGUCGGCGACAUGAUUCAAAGCUUCGGCGUCUUUCUGGCCGCAUUAAUUAUCUUCUUCAAGCCGGAAUGGGCAUUUGUUGACUCCAUUUGCACAUUCAUCUUCUCGGUGAUUGUCCUUCUCGUUACCUUUCGCAUUUUAAGGGAUGUGCUGAUGGUCCUCAUGGAGGCGACACCCGAUUAUAUGGACUAUGGCGAAGUCCAGCGCACAUUUCUCAGCAUCGAAGGCGUUGAACAUGUUCACAAUUUACGCAUCUGGGCAUUGAGCAUCAAUAAGAUAGCACUCUCGGCUCAUUUGGCUAUACGCAAGGAUGCCGAUCCCCAGAUUAUACUCGAGAUGGCGACCACAUUGAUACACAAACGUUACAACUUCUUCGAGACAACCAUACAGAUCGAAGAGUAUACUCCGGGCAUGGAGGACUGCAAUCAGUGUAUGACCCCUCUGACGAAGGCAUCCAACAACGACGAUGCUAAGAUCCCGGAUGACAAACGCGAAGAUGAGGAUAUCCCGGCAACGAAAGAUGAAGAGCAACAAACGACAAAAAAGAAACGUGUACAAACUUCUUUCAGUUGAAAUUUAAUUUGUAUUUAGCUCGGCUUUGAGUU